AUGGGUAAAAAGAAUCGAGAGCAUAAUUCUACAAUAUCAUCAACAUCUUCCACUCGUCAGCAAGAUGAAACAUUUGAAUAUUUAACGAAAACAUUCAAUCGCAAAGAUGGACCUAUACCAGCAAUGUGUGAUGUUACUCGACCACAUGUAGAUUCAUUCAAUUGGAUGCUUAAAGAAGGUCUGAUGAAAGCAGCUAGUGCGAUCUUACCAUUAGAAUUCGAAACAAAUACAAAACUACGUGUGAAAUUGAAAUUCGUGAGUUUGGAAAUCGCUCGACCAAAAGCAAAAGUAGUUGCAGGCGCAAAUCGUCUCAGUCAUUAUGUUUAUCCUGCUGAAGCUCGUAUGGGUAAGAGUACAUACUCAGGAACUUUACAUGCUCGUAUCCAUGGCGAAGUAUUCGAUCAAAAUGGUAAACUGAUUGGACGUGAAUCAUACGAUCGAAGUCUUGGACCAAUACCUGUUAUGGUUCGAAGUGACGCAUGUAAUUUAGCCAAUAUGAAUACGAAAGAACUAUGUUCAAAAUAUGAAGAACCAAAUGAGAAUGGUGGAUAUUUUAUUGUGAAGGGUUACGAACGUAUUGUACGUUUAUUGACAAUGACAAGACGAAAUUAUCCAAUAGCAAUGUCUCGUGGACGAUGGCGACAACGUGGUCCGGGAUUUACGGAUCGUGGUGUUCAAAUUCGGUGUUUAUCUGACGAUCAACGCGGCGUGGAAAAUACACUACAUUAUUUGGAUACUGGUGCUAUAUCACUUGCGUUUAUGUUCCGAAAAGAAAUGUAUUUCAUUCCUGUUAUAAUGAUACUCAAAAUGUUAGCUGAUGAUAACACAUCUGAUCGAGAAAUUCAUGCCAAUCUCAUGCGUGGUACUUAUAGAAAUAAUAGUGCAUUGGAUAGUAAUAUCAAAUAUAUGCUUCGUCAGUUACAAAAAACUUACUGGAAUGAACAACCGUUGAUUACACGUCAGUUAAUCAUUGAUUAUGUUGGUUCACAUUUUCGAACGCGUCUCCAACGACCAUCAUGGCAUACCAAUGCUGAUAUUGCACGUUAUUUACUAGAUAAUUACAUAUUGAUUCAUCUGAAAAGUGAUAAAGCCAAAUUUCAAAUGCUAACAUUCAUGAUUCGGAAACUAUUUUCUUACGUGCGAGAUGAAUGUAAAGCUGAAGAUCAAGAUGCGCCCUCUAUGCAUGAAAUUCUUUUGCCCGGUCAUGUCUAUUUAGCAUUACUUUCCGAACGAUUGGAAACAUGGUUAAUAUCCUUGCGCGAAACUUUCUUGAAAUUAAAUAAAAGUACGAAGACAUCAAACGAUGCGUCGAUAACUACAAAACUUCGUCUAGCGAUGGAUACCAUGGAUAAAGAACAGAUAGCAAAAGCUUUUGAGCACUUUCUAGCAACUGGAAAUUUGAACUCAAAAACUAAUUUAGGUCUAAGACAGACUAGUGGCUUCUCUAUCAUUGCCGAACGUUUGAAUAUUCUUCGAUUUAUAUCUCAUUUUCGUUCCGUACAUCGUGGUGAUGCAUUCACAGAAACCAAAACGACAUCAGUUCGAAAAUUGCUUCCUGAAGCAUGGGGUUUUCUCUGCGCUGUUCACACUCCUGAUGGUUCUCUGUGCGGUCUACUCAAUCAUCUAUGUAUGACAUGUCAAGUGACACAAGAUACACCUACGAAUACAUCCAUCGAUGCUCUAAUUGAUACAUUACUUUCGUAUGGUAUGCGACGAGCACCAUCGUUAGAUAUUGAUUGUUACGACGUCGUUCUUGAUGGACAAGUUGUGGGAUUUGUUGACGACAAUCAAGCACCAUUAAUUACUGCACAACUUCGAUUUGAUAAAGCUACGGGCAACCGUCGUCGUUCGGGUGUUGCUGAACAUUUAGAAAUUGUUCUAGUACCAAAGGAACCACAUGGAUUGUAUACACUUUAUCCAGGUCUCUUUAUUUUUACAACACCUGCUCGAAUGAUUCGACCGGUAAUGAAUUUAUUAACUAAAACUACCGAAUACGUUGGUACAUUCGAGCAAGUCUAUCUUGGUAUAUGUAUAACUCAUGAUGAAUUCGUACCUGGACAUACAACUCAUCAAGAAUUGACACAAUACAAUUUCUUAUCAAUUACAGCCAGUUUAACACCAUUCAGCGAAUACAAUCAAUCUCCUCGUAAUAUGUAUCAAUGUCAAAUGGGUAAACAAACAAUGGGUACACCAACAUUAGCAUAUCGAAAACGAAAUGACAAUAAAUUAUAUUAUAUUACCACACCACAAGCACCACUUAUUCGAACACGUGUUUACAAUCAAUAUGCACUUGAUGAUUAUGCCAUGGGCACCAAUGCCAUCGUCGCUGUACUCUCCUAUACUGGAUAUGAUAUGGAAGAUGCUAUGGUUAUCAAUAAAAGUUCGAUUGAACGAGGUUUCGCUCAUGGUGCGAUAUAUGCAUCUGAAUUAAUCGAUUUACAAGAAUUGGUGACGGAUAGAACUGAUCAAGGAAAACAUCCGCUUGUUUUUUCUUUGGACACGAAAAAUCCUCUUUGGCGUCAUUUGGAUGCUGACGGUUUACCUGUGAUUGGCUCAACGAUUCAGCCUGAUGCGGUUCUUUGUUGUUAUUUGAAUACAUUGACUCAAGAAUACAAAACAGUGCGGUAUCAUAAGAAAGAACCAGCAUAUAUCAUGUCAGUGACACUCGUUGGCGAUGAAGACGGAAAAUUACCAAAAUCCAAAGCAUGGAUUAUGUAUCGUAUUAUGCGUACACCUAUUAUCGGUGAUAAAUUUUCGUCACGUCAUGGUCAAAAAGGUGUUUGUUCGCGUAGGUACCCAACNCCAGCAUAUAUCAUGUCAGUGACACUCGUUGGCGAUGAAGACGGAAAAUUACCAAAAUCCAAAGCAUGGAUUAUGUAUCGUAUUAUGCGUACACCUAUUAUCGGUGAUAAAUUUUCGUCACGUCAUGGUCAAAAAGGUGUUUGUUCACGUUUGUACCCAACAGAAGAUUUACCGUUCACUGAAUCUGGUCUUGUACCUGAUAUUAUAUUCAACCCUCAUGGUUUUCCAUCUCGUAUGACUAUCGGUAUGUUAUUAGAAUUCAUGGCCGGCAAAUCAGCGGUUUUGCAUGGUUUAUCACACGAUGGUACACCAUUUCAAUUCAACGAUGAUUAUCCGGCUGUUGAUUAUUAUGGACGACUACUACGAGCCGCGGGAUUUAGCUAUUAUGGAACUGAAUCGAUGUAUAGUGGUACAACGGGUCUUCAACUUGAAGUCGAUAUUUUUGUGGGCGUUGUUUAUUACCAACGUCUUCGUCAUUUAGUUAGUGACAAAUUUCAGGUACGUACAACUGGACCGGUGGAUGCAUUAACCAAUCAACCAGUGAAAGGUCGUCGUCGUGAAGGUGGUAUCCGUGUUGGUGAAAUGGAACGUGACGCUCUUCUUGGGCAUGGCGUCGCUGGUAUUCUUUUAGAUCGUCUUCUCCAUUGUUCAGAUGAAACACGUGCAUACGUAUGCACACGUUGUGGUUCAUUGCUAUCAUUAGUCAAAACAAAAAUCGGUUAUGUCUGUCGAUAUUGUUGUGGUUCAUCAUCGAAUACGGUUCAACGUGUCACGAUACCAUAUGUACUCCAGUAUCUUAUCGCCGAACUUGCUUCUGUUGGUAUUAAAACACAUUUUGAUACGCAAUCAGUUGUACGAAAUUUUGUUUUGUCUUCUCAAUGA